GAGUCUGUGUUUUACUCCUUUAUCUCAGUGCAGCAUUACAGUAUGGCCUCAGGGCUGGUUUUUGGGGCUGUCUCUAACCACCAUCGGUUAUUUACGUGUGUCUGUGAGCUAUACGUUAAUCGUGGGUUUCCCAGAAUGCUGCGCUGCCCCGUGUAGUUUAGCUUGCGAGCUGCUGCAGCUGCACGAGCGCAAUACGGGGACACUUUUACCGGAGUCAGCAUCAACCGCACCGGGAAACUGCAGCACAUCACCCAGCGGAGAGAAUACGGCACAAGCGUCUGAAUCGUCAUGACAACAGAGCCAGGUUUAGAGUUGGAGGCUAAUCCGGAGGCCAGUGCUGCACCCGCCCAAACAACCCCGCCCGCCCAGGCCAGCCAACCGUGUCUCCCCGAGCAGUUUCCCCCAGCCGCCGCCCACAGCACCCCCCUCAGGAAAGAGCAGAACGGAGAGAGAGAGUUCGGAGGAGGAGGCGGCGGCGUCCCACAGGGGAAGGGCGAUUACCAGCUGGGCGAGGAGGACCUCGCCUCUCAGCGCUCGUCCACCAGCAGGCUCUCAAGGUCCCCGGGGAAGACGGCCAAGAGGCCCAAGAACAUGCAGUGCAAAGUCACCCUCCUGGACGGUUCCGACUACACCUGCGUAGUGGAGAAACGGGACAAGGGUCAGGUGCUCUUUGACAAAGUAUGUGAGCAGCUCAACCUUCUAGAGAGAGACUACUAUGGCAUCUCAUACCGCGACAUUGAAAAUCAAAAGAAUUGGUUGGACCCUUCCAAAGACAUGAAGAAACAGAUUCGAGGAGUCCCCUGGAACUUCUCCUUUAAUGUGAAGUUCUACCCCCCAGACCCAGUCCAGCUCUCUGAGGACAUCACAAGGUACUAUCUCUGUUUACAGCUGAGAGAUGAUGUGGUGUCUGGACGCUUGCCUUGCUCCUUUGCCACACACACUGUGCUUGGGUCCUACUCUGUACAAUCAGAGCUUGGGGAUUACGACCCAGACGAGUUUGGCAGCGAGUACGUCAGCGAGUUCCGCUUCGCGCCAAAUCAAACCAAGGAGAUGGAGGAGAAAGUCAUGGAUCUUCACAAGAACUAUAAAGGGAUGACGCCAGCUGAGGCUGAAAUGCAUUUCCUGGAGAAUGUGAAAAAGCUGUCGAUGUACGGAGUGGACCUCCAUCAUGCCAAGGAUUCGGAGGGAGUGGAGAUUAUGUUGGGCGUGUGCUCCUCCGGUCUCCUCAUCUACCGUGACAGACUGCGCAUCAACCGCUUCGCCUGGCCCAAGAUCCUCAAGAUCUCCUACAAGAGGAACAACUUCUACAUCAAGAUCCGGCCUGGAGAGUUUGAGCAGUUUGAAAGUACCAUCGGCUUUAAGCUACCAAACCAUAGAGCUGCCAAGAGACUGUGGAAGGUGUGUGUGGAACAUCACACAUUUUUCAGGUUGGUAUCGCCAGAAACGCCACCAAAGAAGUUCCUGACACUGGGUUCUAAGUUCCGCUACAGUGGUAGAACCCAAGCCCAAACCAGGAGAGCCAGCUCGCAGAUAGUCCGACCGGCACCAAUGUUUGAGCGCUCCACCAGCAAGCGCUGCAGAAUGUCUCGCAGCCUGGAUGGAGCUCCUCAGCAGAGUACCCCCAAACACACAGCACCUCUAGUCCCCGGAGUUAAGCCACCUGCCACCUUAAACGGCACUAAACCAACAGAGAUGGGCACGGCCUUGUACGGGACUGCAAAGGGCUUCGCUGUGAGUGACCUCAUCACCACGGUGACGCCAGAGAAGAAGGCAGAGGAGAAGACAGCAGAGGAGGCGGCAGCAGCUUCCUUCCCCACUCCUUCCCCCGUCACCCCCAUCACCCCCAUCACCCCUGUCCCACUCCACGCAGCUAUCGGAGUGGUGGAUGUCCUGGAGGAAGAAGACGAGACAACGAGAGGCACAGAAUUCUCCCAAGCCAGCCCGCUAACACCCAUACGCCAGGACACUAAGACUGAUUUUACAGACACCGCUGUCGAUGGUGAUCUGACAGCCACAGAGUCGGAACAGGAGGACGAGUCAGAAAUGAGGACACAGCCCAGUUUCAUAAGGAGAAUAAAAGGAGAGAAUGUGUUUAUCAGACAUAGCAAUCUGAUGCUGGAGGACACGGACGACGGGCCGGACGUGCUGGUGAAACACCAGACCAACAUCAGCGAGCUGAAGAGGACCUUCCUGGAGCAGGGAGGGGACAAGCCAGGCCUCACCGAGUGGGAAAAGCGCCUCUCGUCCUCCCCUCUGCGCUCACCGCGGCUGGACGACGCGCCCAUGAUCGAGCCCCUCCUUCCUGACGAGACUAAAGAAGACGGGAAAGACGAGGACAUGAAAGACAUGGCUGAAGGGGCUUCCGAAACAAAGGACACUCUUCUUGAAACCAGCACUGCUGUGGAUUCUGAAGGGUGGGUAGUAGUAAGCAAAGUCCCCCCUAAGGUAGCAGAAAAGAAAAGCGUUUUCAACUACAAAAUAGCGGCAGUGACUAACACGGUGGAGGACGGGGAGCGUGACAGCUCCGAGUUCAAAACCUUAGAGAGCCUCCACGGCGAGGCCACGGCCAAGACCGAAGAGGUCCGUGAGAAGGCCUACACCCUGGGCAAGUCCUAUGACACCACGUCGGGGAAGAUUGUCACCAUGACGAGCCGGGGCAAAGACGGGGACCUGCCGUCGCCCUCCUACCCGCUGAGGAGCAUCCCUGACCAAACUGCCACCGCCGUGAAAUUUAUCCCAGUGGACACGGAGGACGAGCUCUCUGACCCGGUGCUGACGAAGCCUGCAAAGGCGGCACCACCGCCGGUUUCCGUCAAACCAUCUUGGAGCCCUGGGCAGGGUGUCGGAGCAGUGAGGGUGGCAGCGGUGGCAGCGGCGGCAGUGGUCAUCGGCUCCGGCGAGGAGAUCGGUGACUCUGAGGAGUCGGAGCUGAGGCCGCGGGCGGACCCUUCCCUUGGAGACAGGACGUCCCCUAUGAUGAGAUCGCCGAUCCGAACGCCGCUGAAGUCCCCGGCCAAGUCCCCCGCGCCGGACAUGCCCCACCUGAGUCCCGGCCCUGUGUCCUAUUUAGCCAAAACCUCCCCCACCGCCAGAGUGGUACCUAAGCCCACCUUUGAGGAGAUGUCUCCGGAGCUCAUGGCUCUCUUGCAGUCGGCCCGCGAGCAGCCAACCACCCCCGGAUGGGCCCCCACUUCUCCCCAUAGUCAGGCCUUCACCAAGCCCUUGGACAGCCCGGAGAAGCUGCAGGUGACGAAGGAGGGUCAUUCCGAGGAUGGAGCCCAGGUUCUGGAUCAGCUGUCGGACUUGGACCAGACUGCCACACAGCUCUCCUCAGUGCUCCAGACAGAGGUCAUGACCUUCAGCAGCUCCAUGGCUGGGGAAACGGAAGAGCUGGUGACCCAGGAAGUCCCUGUAAUACAAACCGAAAUGAAGACCAUUACAUAUGAGUCACUGCAGGGUGACACAGACAGCGAGGCUGAGCCCGGAGUGCUCCUGAGCGCCCAGACCAUCACCUCGGAAACAACAAGCACCACCACCACCACGCAUAUCACCAAGACUGUGAAGGGCGGCAUCUCAGAAACGAGGAUCGAGAAGAGGAUCGUCAUCUCAGGAGAUGCAGACAUCGACCAUGACGAGGCCCUGGCUCAGGCUAUCAAAGAGGCCAAAGAGCAGCAUCCCGACAUGUCAGUGACCAAAGUAGUGGUCCAUAAAGAGACUGAGAUCACGCCAGAGGAGGGUGAAGAAUGACAGCAGGACUAACACCUCAUGCUUAUGGAUCUUGUGUUUCACACUGUACGGCGGAAACGGGCGCUUGGGGAAACGUCGAUCACGCUAACAGCACCAUAAACGAUUGGAUACUACUUCAUCUAAGCACUUCUGGAGUAGCAUCACACUCUCCCACUGUCACCCACCCAGGCUUACAAACCCACAUGGCAGUCCAGUCCAGUCCACUAUCGGAUCAUGUAUUCUGCAUGAAAAGGGAACAAUUCAGCAUUUUUGUAAAGAGGAAAAAAAUAGUGAUAAAAAAAAAGAAACAUUUUAGCAGAAAUGAAUCUGUGUACAUUUUACUCAACCUGCGCACUCAGUCUAAAGGGACAAGAAUGUAUGUUAGAGGUGUUUUGAAAAUAUUACUGAUAUAGAUGACUACAUUUUAUUUAUUAAAGUAAAGCUCACUCCACAAGUGAUACAAAUAGGCUGUACCUAUACGAGCGCACAAUAUUUAACCAUGCAAUAGAUGUGCCAUUCAUAUUGCCAAGCUCUGCGUCCCUCACCCACAUCUACAACUCUUCUGUCUUAUGGAUUUCUUUACUGCUGAAUGUUAUAAAACAGAGAGAUAGUGGGGGGUAAAAUGCAUAGAACUACUUUUGUAGGUCAUUUAACUUAGAACGUUAUUUUGUUAUUUUGAAUGUUAUUUUGUUUUUACUUGAAUUUACUUUUUCUUUUCUUUUUUGUUUCUUUGUUAAUUUACCCCCUCCCCCAAAUACUGAGGUGGAAAUUGAAGGGAGGCAGCAUCUUUUGACUUUUAUUUCUGUAAACGAGUGAGUUUGAUAGCUGCUGCUGCUGCUGCUGCUGCUGAAUUGAACUGCUGCAGAGAGAGUGUAUUUACUGUGAAAUGGUCUACUCUGUGCCCCUCUGCCCUGCUCUGAAAUCCAUCCUAGAAUUGUCCCAGCCUGUGAUGGCACAUUAAGCCUUAAACUGUACAGAGUGGAUAGAACCCCAUCCUGCCCAAGAUAGCUCAAACCAUGUGUGUGUGUGUGUAUGUGGUCCUUGUUUCUUUUUUUUCAACAGCUUCAUGUGUUGGUCAUUCUGAAACCUUCUGUGUCAGCUGAAAACCAUCCACGUUGAAUGAGUUUCCCACAAAAGCUGAAAUAAAACCAUAAAUUCACUUU